CAGCUCGCACGCUUUCCUUCCGCGGCUUCAAACGCAAACCUGACGAGUUAGCACACCGGCUAUCAGACAAAUAAAGACACAAUGAGCAAAGCGCACCCACCAGAGCUGAAGAAAUUUAUGGACAAGAAGCUUUCAUUGAAGCUGAAUGGAGGCAGACACGUGCAGGGCAUCCUGCGAGGGUUCGACCCCUUCAUGAACCUGGUGAUGGACGACUGUCUGGAGAUGGGCCCAGGAGGACAGCAGAGCACCAUCGGCAUGGUGGUGAUCAGAGGAAACAGCAUCAUCAUGUUGGAGGCCUUAGAGAGAGUAUGAGAGGACCGGAGAUGGAGCGACACAUUUUUACAUUCUUUGUCCCAGUUUAACCUUUGUAUGUCUGAGUUGAGAUGUUUGGAUGGUUUUAGUGAAUAAAUCUUUUUUUCAGUUUG